CAAAAAAUAAUCAUGGCUAUGUUGCAGGGAGAAGAAACAUUAUUCAUAAGCUCUCUAAUGAAACGUAUGAACAGUUUUGUAUCAGCAACUGUAGCGACGAUAACAGCCAACGUCUCCAAUGCUCUUAGUAGUGUCAACAGGUGCCGCGUUAGACGGUAUGCUGAUGCGAUCCUGAGAUCGGAGACGGAACAUACAACCAGAUGCACAAGUAUAAACAAUUUAAGAGAACUUCAUCAAAAUUUAUCCGACAUUGUUGAAGUACAUUCGAGACAAUCUGAGAGACAAAGGGGCACGGUGAUCAUUGUGAACGGACACGACUGCAGAGAUGAAGUGGUCAGUGUUGGAUCAGAAGAGAUGCCUCGGACAGCAUUUAUAGAUCAGUUGGUGAAGAAAGUGUUAAUUGGUCGCACAUCUGGUGCCAUCUGGAUUAUUUUGGCCAUGUGUCACGGCCACCAUGGGGUGGAGCAGAGGGCGACUGAAUCCAAGAACUUGGCGUCCAAAGAUAUAAUAGUGACCUUUAAUGAAACAGAUGACAGCGAUGGAAAGCCUUAUUCAGUGACGGGUGUAGAAGAUGAUGUGGGCCUUGGUUGGACGGAGAUGGACCAAGAAGAAAACCACGAAGAUCAAUGGAGUUUUGUUGAAGCUGCCCAUGAAAUUGAAGU